AUGCAUGAGGAGGAAGCAACAGCCACUGUUACCUCCGCAUCUUCUUCCUCCCAUGAUUUAUGGUGUGACACAGCAAGAGAAGAGCCUGGGCCUGUGAAACCAAGUUGUCCUCAGAAUCUGCAUGGUGUCUCCUCUCCUCCCACUUCCAUGGCUUCCAGUGAAAACAUUCAGUCCCACGCGGGCUCCAGCAUUCAUGAAGAGGAGGGUGCAAGUACAUCCCAGGACAAUGAUGCCACUCACAGUAGGAUGCAUGGAAUUAAAAUUGAUAACAUGCAUGUGAUUGUCCAGUUUCUGCUCAGGAAGUAUCAAAAGAAUAAUCAGUUCUCCAGGGAAGAAGUGGUGCAUGCGGUCCACAAUAGUACCCAUGAUAAUUUCCCUGUGAUCUUUAGGGAAAUCUGUCAGUGCAUGCAUCUGGAUUUUGGCAUUGUCAUAAAGGAAGUGGAUUCCACUGCCCACACAUAUGAGAUUGUCUCUGCUUUGGGCCUCAUUUACAGUAGGAUACUGGAUGACACUGACCAGAUUAUUCAUAAAUCUGACCUCUUGAUACUCAUCCUGAGUUUGAUCUUCCUAAGGAGCAACCGAGUUUGUGAAGAGUACCUUAGGGUAAUUCUGAGCCAUAUUAAGAUAUUAUCUGAGAGUGCUCACAUUGCUGUUGGGGACAUGUGGAAAUUCAUCAGAGAGGAUUUGGUUCAGGCAGGGUACCUGGGGUACCAGCAGUUUCCUCACAGUGAUCCUGCUCAGUAUGAGUUGCUGUGGGGUCCGAGGGCUCAUUGUAAAACCACCAAGAUGAAAGUACUAGAGCAUGCCGUCAUGCUUGAUGAGAAAUAUCACAGGGCUUGUGCAUCCCAACCUCAGCAGCCCUAG